GCAUUUAUAUAAGCAGCAAAACUGAGCUUUACAGAUAUCAAGAGUAUAUAAUUCAACUAACUUAUUUCUGGUUACGGCUCCAACAAUUUCCCUGGCUAGCGAAUUCCAGGCUUGAAAGCCCGUGUAGAAAGCGUGUCGGCUAAGAAGAAGCGAGCUAAGUACCAGCAAUAAUGAUUCAGUUUGUGCUUCUAAUUAGCCGGCAGGGCAAAGUGAGAUUGACAAAGUGGUAUUCUCCUUAUUCACAGAAGGAGAGGACAAAGGUAAUUCGUGAACUUAGUGGAGUGAUUCUUAGCAGAGGACCCAAGCUUUGUAAUUUUGUUGAAUGGAGAGGUUUCAAGGUUGUAUACAAAAGAUAUGCCAGCUUGUAUUUCUGCAUGUGCAUUGAUGGGGAGGAUAACGAGCUGGAGGUACUUGAGAUAAUUCAUCACUAUGUGGAGAUUCUUGACCGCUACUUUGGCAGUGUUUGUGAGUUGGAUCUUAUCUUCAACUUUCAUAAAGCCUAUUACAUACUAGAUGAACUACUGAUUGCUGGAGAGCUUCUAGAACCAAGCAAGAAAACCAUUGCACGAGUUAUAGCAGCUCAGGAUUCUUUGGUGGAGAGUGCCAAAGAACAAGCUAGUUCUUUGAGCAAUAUAAUUGCUCAGGCAACCAAAUAGAAUUCUUCUAAGCUUUUGCUUGUUUCUUCAAUGGUUGAUAAACCAAUGGAGAAAGAGACUUUUGGAUGGGAUGUUCAUGGUUUCCAAAGUGAUCUAAGGAUGGGAGUCAGAGGAUUACCAGGUGUUCUAAGGAUAGGACUCAAGGAAUACCAUUGAAUAAUAUCAUUUCAGAGAUUAUCAUUGUGUUGAAUAGUUGAGGUUUUCUUGAGUUUUCAGUUUUCAUGUGUUGCAGAAGUUAAUGGCAACAUUAAGGUCGUGGGUUUCAUAUAAUUUCAUGUAUUUUCAUGAUAUUUUGUUAUUAGUAAAUUUGUCUUGAGGUUUGAUGAGUUUA